AUGCCACAUCCAUCCAUCGCAAAUGCCAGCGAAGCGCAUCGAUAUACCUACUCGCCGCCCAGUCGGCCCGGUACGACACAGUACUUUGAUGACAAGAACCGGAUAUUUACUGGACCAAGGACCGUUAUGAAUCUCUUGGCUACUGCUACUUCAUCCCUUGGUGAGAUACUACCGCUGGAUCUGCCGUUCAACAAUUCCGCCUACACCGUAGAUUUCUAUGCUCCGGUUAUCAGAUGUGGCAAAGCCAAUGAGACGGAAGAGCAUGCUAUCGACGCUUUCCUGCAAGAGGAAAUGACAACAGUGGAUGGCACACUCGUAGAGACGGAUAAUGCAUACUUUAGCUUCGUGCCAACUCAUAAUAGCACUGGAGGCCUCACAGUAGUUUCGCAUCCUCGUCAACACGUACCUUCGAAGCCAAUGAACGAGCUUUGGAUGACGUUUCUGCGGCCCAUUAUCAACGACCAAGGCGAGCGGGUCAAAUUACGCCAGUACCAGAUCUGUCGACCUCACAACGCGUCGUACAGUUUGGAGAUCUCGCAGUAUCAUGGGCUACAGAACGUAUCCGGCAAAUACGAAGUCGGAGAAACGAUCUCAUUUCCAGACGAGGGUCCUGAUGAGAUUUCCAACAUGACGCAACAUGCGUAUACAGCAUUCAUGUGGGUUAUGUGCGACCAACUGGUAGGCAAGCUAGCAUGGCUUAAGGACACGAGCAUCUCAGACAAGCAAGCGGCAGCUCAGUACGGUGUCAUCGACUCGCCCAUACAGCGUACUAGUCUACUGGGCUCUGCCGACCUGGACGCAUACUUUGAGUUUGACGAAGAGAAGGUGUUGUACAAAGGGCAGAAUAUGUCAACGGCCUUCAAGCUCAGUGAUCAGAGGCUACAGGACAAAGCGAUGGCGAGAAACCGGACGCUGGACGUUCUCAUCGAAGAACUAAGCUUCAAUUUGACGGUCAGCAUGAUGCAUAACCGGCUCCUAACCAACAUGGCCAACACAACUGUCCAACUGACCACCGACGUAAAUCGCUACGACUAUAAAGCCUGUGGGCUUUUCAUCCCAUAUGCCCUCGCCAACGCAUUCGCCAUUAUCUGCGUCGUCCUCGGUUUGACAUCGUACGUUCGCGAUGGCGCUAUGCCUGGCAAAAAGAUGCAAGACUUACGCACUUGCAUCAAGACCUCAGCCGACGCUGCGAUCCAAUCGCAAGAGAUGGGCAACAAGUUUAGUAAGCCUCUGGCGACCGAGCUUCCUGCCAACCUUAAGUCUGGCAAAUCACAGCGUGGUCUAGAUUGA